AUGCAGGGGAGUGGGGGACUGCAAGCUGGGUGCUGCGUGCUCUCUUGGUUCCAAAGGACUACAACACAUCCCAAGCCCCUAGGUGCCGUCGUUGUGUCAACAAGAGAUAUGGGCCUCCUCACAACGAGAGUCUGCCGCCUCACAAGGCAUUGCAAGGCGAUAUGGAGCCCAUGCAUCUGGGUGGUGCUACUUGUCAAACGGCGUGAGCUCAUUCUGGAUGGUAGUGGAUUUGUCUGCCACAGCAACAGACACAUAGGCACAAUGAUAGAUGGGAAUGCAGCCAGCGAAACCCUGGACACCAAUCACUUGUCUGUUGGCAUUGUACUUCGAAGUGCCGUGGUUGGUUCUGGUGGCAUUGGGCUGCGACGAGCUUUUGCGCCUCUUUGUCUCCGCCAGCGCAUCUCAGCUGUGUCCAUGACAAACACACAAGUGUUAACCACUGUGUUCUUGCUAUGGCCAAAAUAA